AUGGCAACUAGCGCGGACGACGACAAGGCCUCGAGCGUCAAGGAGAAGGAAGGAUCAGGGUCAGGUCAAAGCGAGAGCCGGGAGUCCAAGUCGGACUGGGAGGAUGCUGUCCUCCAAGAGCGACGCAAAUCUGAUUCCCUAGAUGAAUCCAGCGCACCCAGCGCCGACAUCCUCUUCGCUGCCGGAAUCGGCCUCAAGGAGGAUGACCCGACGCUACCAUGCCUGACCAUCAGGAUUGGCGUCAACACGCUUUACACGUUCCGCUUCCCGUCCAUCACGCUUUCCCAGUCCGCCAUCCAGUUCCUGGCCUACCCGCUGAGCAAGGGCUGGGAGAUGGUCGUGCCCGACUGGGGGUUCAAUUUCAGGGGGACCCGCCACUCCCUCAACCCCGGCCCGUUCAACUACAAGGAGAACAUCUUCAUCUACAUCCUCGCCAACCUGAGCUUCGCCACCCGCCUGAGCGCCGACGCCCUGACGGAGCAGCGCCACUUCUAUGGCCUCAAGGCCGGCUGGGGCUUUGAGCUGCUCAUCACGCUGUGCACCCUCGGUUUCGGCAUGGCGCUUGCUGGCAUCUUCAGGUCCCUGAUUGCCGACCCUGCCGGCUUCGUCUGGCCUGGUGUUCUCAGCAACACUGCGUUCAACCACGCCCUGCACUCCCGCAAAAGCGACAAGGAGAGCGUUACUGGGCAAGUCAUGAGCAAAUGGUCCAUGUCGCGCUACCGCUUCUUCAUGAUUGCCUUUUGUGCUUCCUUCUGCUGGUACUGGUUUCCCCAUCUCAUCUUCCCGGCACUUGGAUACUUCACUUUCAUCUGCUGGAUCGCCCCCAACAACAUGGUGAUCAACCAGGUGUUUGGUAUGAAGAGCGGUAUGGGUCUGCCGCCCAUCACCUUUGACGGGAGUCAGAUCACAUAUAUCGGAUCGCCACUGGUUGUCCCCGCGUGGGCCAUUCUCAACAUUCUGGCCUCGCUCGUCUUCUGGAUCUACAUUGUCCCACCUUCCGUUCCAGGGCAACGCCAUCUUCGACAACACGGGCAAGCGUACAAUGUUUCGCGUGUCAUUGACAAGAAGCUCGACUUCUCCUUUAACCACACAAAGUACGAGCAGUACUCGCCCCUCUAUGUGCCCGUGACGUACACGCUCAACACCUUUGGCCUCUGCUUCGCAACCCUCUCUUCUCUGUUCGUCUGGCUGUACCUGGAGAAGUGUGAGCCUAUCAUGGGGGUUGCCAAGGCGUCGUCCCUUGGCAGGCUCUGGUGGAAAUCGGGCAACGGCGAGGCGGCCGUGACCCUGAGGAACCCGCAGUCCCGAUACAGCGCCGCGCCGACGUGGUGGUACUGGGUGCUGGCGUUCGUAUCUUUGGGCAUGGGCAUUUUUUGCCUGCGUUGGCACGGCGCCAUCUUCUCCCUCUUCAUCUCGCUCGUCUUCUUCGUGCCCCUCGCCUGGGUGUACGCGACGACCAACAUCAAGAUCAAGACGGAGAUCCUCUGCCGCAUCACCGCCGGUUACGUCUACGAGGGCAAGGUGCUGGCCAACAUCUGGUUCUUCGGCCUCGGCUUCAUCUCGGGCAUCAAGGGCCUCGCCUUCGCGCAGGACCUCAAGCUCGGCAUCUACUGCAACAUCCCGCCGCGCAAGCUGUUCCUGGUGCAGUGCGUCGGCAUGGCCGUCGGCGGCGUCACGCAGGUGGGCGUCGUCAACUGGGCGCUCGAGAACAUCCCCAACAUCUGCACCAACAAGGCGGCCAACGGCUUCAACUGCCCCUUCUCGCGCACGCACUUCAACACGUCGCUCAUCUGGGGCGGCGUCGGGCUGCUCUACAACGGGCUGCUCUACUUCUUCCUCCUGGGCGCGCUGCUGCCCGUGGCGGUCUGGGGGCUCAAGCGCUUCGCCCUCCCGCGCUCGCGCUGGUUCACAAAGGUGCACGUCCCGCUCUUCCUCGGCGACCUCAACUUCAUCCCGCCUGCGACCGGGACCAACCACGGCAGCUGGGCCAUCGUCGGCCUCAUCUUUGGGCUGUAUUGGCAGCGCUACAACUUUGUGCUCGACUCAGCGCUCGACUGCUCGCUCGCCAUCGCGGGCGUCUUCAUCUUCUUCACCCUCUUCUACACGGGUGCCGUCGACAAGUUCUCGUGGUGGGGCACCGAGGUGUACAAGAACACGUGCGACUAG